AAGAGCCUGUCCUGGAAAACUGUCCAGGCUUGUCAGGGGGAAGACAUAGACAGCUCCUUGCAGCUUCUGAAGACAAUCCCUUGCUUGGCUGGAGGCGCAUGUUGUAGCUCAGCAUGAGUCCUUUCACACACACGUUGCUCUAUUGCGCCCUGCUCCUUUUAACCCUUAAGGAGCUGACAGAGGCAUGCUCCUGCAUUAUCUCUCACCCCCAGGAGAAGUUCUGUAAUUCAGAUGUUGUGGUUCGUGCAAAAGUAAUUAGUGAAAAGAGAAUUUCUUCCCCAGGACAUAUGGACGAUACAAAACAAUAUCAAAUCAAAGUGAUGAAGGUAUUUAAAGGAGAUACGAUGACGAUAUAUCAUCUACAGUAUGUGAGCACCCCAUCUGAAUCUGCUGCUUGUGGAACAACCCUGCAAAACCAAAAAGAAUAUCUUCUAGGAGGCAAUAUGUAUAAUGGCACAGUCCGCAUCUAUUUGUGUGGCCUUCAUUACCCCUGGGAGAGUCUGUCUACGUUCCAAAUUAAGAGCCUCAGUCAACCAGAUGAGGGAUAUCAGCAGGGAUGUCAGUGUAAGAUCAAAUUUUGUGGCAUGGAAACCUGCGAUAGCAAGGCACCAAAUGAGUGCGUCUGGAGCGACCGGCAGGAGACUGAGACUCUAGAAAAAGAGCACGCGUGCCUUAAACAAAAAGACGGAUCUUGCAGCUGGUACCCAAGUAUACCUGGCAAGUCUACUCACAACAGCCACCCAUAGAUGAUCUCCAUGGUCCCGCGGCUGGUUUGAUCUGCUGGAGCGAAUGGAUCACAAACAACACAAUGAACUGUACAGAAUGUGUAAUGAAAUUGUGGAGCUGGCGCUUUUUGGGGUAGAAAAUAAAGGAAAUCAAUAAAGGAACGCUUUAAUAGUAUUUGAGCAAAUAUAAGUAUAAAGAAAAUUAAU